CCCAAGAAGGAGGGCUAGGAGUGUUCUGCUUUACUUUUCUCUAGUUAUGGCCACUUUCUUUGUUGUUGUUGUUGUAUGUAGUUAGGAGAACAGGCGACACGUUUUUAUGCUGUGUAAAGUUUCAUUUCUCAUUAGUUGUCAUUAACUGGCUGUAUGGCUGAAAUAACGUCAACUUGAAUUUAUUCAGACCGCUAACAUCUCCAGUUUCAAGGAUGCGAGCGAGUGGAGUCGCAUUUUGUUUCUUUUCCAUUUUAUCAAAAGGAAUAUGAGGAGGAGAGGACGUAUGUUUUCAUCAUUUUAAACUAUGAGGGGUUGUUUACAAAAGGAGACAAAAGGAGACAAGGGGGAAAUGACAGUGUGCUAGCACAAGAAGACGCUUUAAGGCAGUUACAAUCAUAAAUCUUGUGAAGCUCCUGUUUUGUUGAUCAUUUCUGGAUAAAUUGAUAUCAGAUUCUGUGGAUUUUUCUAAACAUCUUUGUGAGGAAGUCCCUGAUGCACUCACUUAUGGAGAACUGAGGGUGAGCUGACUCUUGCCCCCUCUCAACAUGCUGGCUCUGAGGCUGGAGCAGGGCAGGCGAGGGGGUGGUGAGGUUGAUCACCUGCAGAAAAGGGCCACUGUGGGCUGGCAGGGCCGGCAGUCAGGGAGGCCCCCUUCUCAUGAGCAGGGCAUUAACAUCAGGGAGAAGAUCUCCCAGUGGGAAGGUCGCAGUCAGCAGGGCAACAGCCAGGAUGCCGGGGUGAAAGCACACCCUCCAACUGUAUCCCGAACUCUGUCUGAGGAUCUGCUGGGCAAUGGAUGUUCCAGUGAGGGUUCAAGAGGGGGGCUUCACGCAAAAGCCAACCUCUCAAAAGCUGAGAGCUUGGGCUUAGAUUUUCGGGAAUCCCCAACACAAGCUGGACACGGUGUGGUUGGUAGGAAGUCAGAACCUCUGCAGAAAUGUUCCACUGAAAUUUCCAGUACAUCCCCAGGAAAUAAACUUGCAGCGCAAAUAUUUGCAUGUCCCAAAGUGGAGGCUAACAAGGUUAACUCUACAGGUAAACAAGCUUUCACUACCAAUGGCAACCAGACAAUGGAUCGCAUCUUGGAUGUUGAAGUAGUUUCUAAACCUCUACCUCUAUCAACUGAUUACCAAGAAGACAACAUGCCUGCCGGGAAUUUCUACACUUCGCGGGGUUUCUGGCGUAAGCUCGAGGGAGACAGACUGCUCUGGGAGAAAGGCAGGGAGUCUUCAGGUGAAGCUCAGCCUCCUCCCAAACCUCAGCGGACAUUCCAGUAUCGGGGAGCCAACAACAAUAACUCGGGGCACACAAUGCAAUGGGACAUAAGAUCUCAUCAUAACAACCAUUCCACCAACAGAAAUAGGAGGGUAGCCCACCCACCUAGCUUCCCACCUCCUCCAUGUCCUGUUGCAAAGACUGAUGGGAUUUCAAGGCAUAAAAAGAACAGGAAGUCCUUUGAGUAUGAGGAUGCAGCUCGUCUGACGGUGAAGCAAGGCACGCUGGGAGGCGAGGCAAGGAACUCGGGCCUUUACCAUGCCUAUUCUGACGACAAUAUUUAUGAGGACAUUGUCUGUGAAGUGACCAGAGAUAACCCCUAUGAGGAUGUCAAGCUAUCUCCUGUGUGUCUGCCUAUUGCAAGGUCCCAAGUCCCAAAGCUCCCUCCUAAACCCCAAACGCUGCAAGGUUAUGCUGGCAAAGUGGAGAAGAAGGGGUUCCAAGUAACAGCAUCCAAAUCCUCAACCCUUGCAGAAACCCCUAAGCCAGCUACACCCCGGCACACAAGUACACAAAAAACACAGAGGACGCCUCAGUACGUCAACAAGAUUGAGACCAUCUUUGAUGACAAGCGAGGGAGGAAGAGAGUGAAGAACCAGGGAGUCUCAGUAAGAGAGGAGACCAGCGGGACAGAGAGCGACCCUGAGGACAACACCAAAGGCUCCAGGAGAUCAGUUUACAUUCAGUCUACACUGAAACGUCGGCCAGGCUACCGCACCCUCGAGAGAGACCUGAUCCAGCUGCAGCAGCAGCAGCUUUUCCAGAUCUUUGUGGUGGUGUCGCUGAGAAAAGGCUCCCCAGGAAACACCUACUCCCCUGAAAUUACUCAGCAGUUCCCCAAAAUGUUUGAGAAGUCUUCCCGGCUCUCCAGAGAGGCUGAGGAUCAGCUGAAGGUCAUUCCCAAGUUCUGCUUCCCCGACUCACAAGACUGGAAGCCCUCUGCACACAUGCCAAGUGAGACCUUCUCCUUUGUCCUGACCGGAGAAGAUGGCAGCCGCUGGUUUUGUUACUGCCGUAAGAUCCUGCCCAGUGGAAAGGGGAAGAGGCUUCCUGAGGUGCACUGUAUUGUCAGCAAGCUGGGCUGUUUCAACCUGUUUGCAAAGAUUUUGGAGGAGGUGGAGAGGCGCAGGGAGAUUUCCCCAGCGCUGGUUUAUCCAUUUAUGCGUAGUGUGAUGGAGGCCCCUUUUCCAGCCCCCGGACGCACAGUCACCGUCAAAAGCUUCCUCCCUGGCUCUGGCAGUGAGGUGCUCACUUUGUGUCGGCCAGUGGACUCCAGAUUAGAGCAUGUGGACUUUGACAGCCUGCUGCAGUGUCUCAGUGUCGGGAAACUCCUACAGGUUUUUGCUUCCCUCCUUCUUGAGCGGAGAGUCAUCUUCAUCGCUGACAAACUAAGUGUGUUGUCCCGGUGUGCCCAUGCAGCCCUGGCACUGCUAUACCCAUUCACAUGGCAGCACACCUUUGUGCCUGUGUUACCAGCCAGCAUGCUGGACAUCAGUUGCUCCCCAACCCCGUUCCUCAUUGGGGUGCUGGCACCCUGCCUGCCAGAGCUGCUGGAGCUGCCCAUUGAGGAGGUGCUCAUUGUGGAUCUGUGUGCAGACAAGUUUGUCGUUCAGCUGGGUGAUGAAGACUGCAUCCUGCCCAGUAAACUGCCAGCACUGCAGCAGAUCCUGGAGGAGAGGGAAGAAAUCCUGAGACAGGAGGAUGGAGACAGAUGUGGAGACCAGCAGGCUGACCUGAGCUCUCUGGUGUCAGAGGGUUUUGUGCGGUUCUUCGUGGAGCUGGUGGGCCACUAUCCUUUCCAUAUGGUCGAGUCCUCCAGUGGAAACAGGGAACUUCAGCGCGACAGCUUCCGCAAAUCUCAUCCCUCCCGUGGAGUCCGCCAGUUCCUGCAGCUCUUCAUGGACACUCAGAUGUUUGCUGGCUUCAUUCAGGACAAAGAGCUGCGAAAGGGAGGAGGAAGAGGUCUCUUUGAGGUCAGAGUGGCAGAGUAUCUGGAUUCAUACCCUGAGCCAGAGCCAAGUGGUGUGAACAAAUUUCUUAAAGGACUGGGAAACAAAAUGAAGCUCCUGCAGAUUAAGUGAAAACAGACCAACACCCUGGCUUUUAAUAUAAAGACUGUAAUUAAAAACAGAAUACUCGUUGCUGCUGGACUGACUGAGGAAAUGAAUGUGGAUCAGUCGUGUGUCUGGAUGUGAAUGGGACAGUGAGGAGUUUGGAUAUGAGAGGACCAUGUAUGUAUGUUUGCGAGCAGUGCACAUCUUGUCGGAUGAAAACUGGAAAUACUUUUCAUGUUUCUUUUCGAGCAUUGCUUCAUGAUGCCUUGCGGAUGAGGUAUUGUCUCCUUGUGAAACUACAGAAAUAUACAAAAAACCAUUCCAGCUAAUUAACCUCAGUAAUCAACCUGAAUGUGGUUGUAACUAUUUGGUCUUUGUUUUUGAAUGGAAACCUGUUUAUUUUCAUUUUCACAUUCAGAUCAGUUCUGCUGCACAAUAUGUGCAUUUUACAGUAAAUGCAACUUUAAUGUUACAUUUCAAUCUUUAAGUACUUAUUGGGAAUACUAUGUAUGGUUCUAACCUGAUGCAUGUUUUUAUACAUUUUAAUGUAUAAUUCUGUUAUCUUUUUUUCAUUCCUCAAAGCACAAGCUGCAAAAAACCUUUUGUUUACUUUGUUUUUAUUUCAGAUUUAGAGGUUUAUUAACUCUGAUCACAACAUUUCAGUGUUUGGACUCCAGGUUAAACCUCAACAAUCAAAAUGAGUAUUGUGAUUUUGUGGAAAUUAAUUUCCUUCUUUGUCCUUAAUUUUUUCCUGUUAACUGGAGUUGUAAAUAUGUUUUUUACAUUUUGCACAUGUUGAGAACCAUUGUACAGUAUUUGGAAUAUUUUUGUAUUAAAGCAUGACAUGUCCUACAUACUUUUUAAAUAAAUGGGCUCCCAAGGACAGUAUUUAAUGUGUGACAAUGCUGUUUAUAAUGCAGAAGCCUACAACUGGGUUGUACAGUUACCCUGCCUAACUAGAAUAAUAUUUGAGGUUUAGCAAUGAUAAUUUCAGUAAUUUUUUGUGUAUUAAAAAACAUUAAAAGGA